AUGUUGCUGGCAGAAGAGUGGCCGCUGGACGUGCCCGUGUGGGAGUUUUUGCAUGGCUUCGCGAAGAAGCACGGCGAGCUGCACGAGAAGGUCAAGGCGGUGAUCCCCUACGCGAAGGGUGAAGGACAUGGUGUCAAAAAUUGGCAUUUGCUAUGCGGGGGGCUGCAGAACCUCUCCUCGCUUCCUCGGAGGGGCACAGCGCAUGUGGCGUUUCUCAACCCCUUCGUGCGGGCAUCCUUUCCUUUGGCGCCUUUUCGCGGUGACGUUGAGAUGGUGAUCAUGAAGGUGGCAGGCGGUGAGUGGUCCGGGGUGCUGGACGUUUUUCCGCUGGCCUGCGAUUUGACGGCGGGGGCCGUGUUUUUUUUCGGGGCUGACGGGGCGUACCUGAACGGCACCACGCUGGCUGCCAUGGGCUGUGUGAUGCUGUGUGCUCUGAUGUAUCCUGGCGGGGAGCUGAAGUCGCAGGGGAAGGCGACUGCCGACAAGAGCAAUUGCGGGCGGGUCUCAGCGAUCUUCAGCCACUCGGUUGCAUUGGCGGAGGGAACCCUGGCAGAGUCACAGUUUGAGCAAUCCUCUUGUGCUGACAUCACCGCCACCUUGCCAGACUCAGACUCACAGUGUGACUGUGAGCCGUGUGAGUGUGAGCAGGCUGAGCAAGCCUCUGCCUGCGUGUCAGAUUCAGAAUCACUUCAGUCACUGAGCGAGCAAGCCGUUGCCGAGAUCGGCAACAUGGAUUCACAACGCGCCGGCAACGAUACAUGUGUGGAGACUGAUGUUGGGGACAACGAGCUUUCUUUGCCAUUUGCCCAGCCCUGCGCGGUCACGAUCAGCCAGCCUAGCGCUGCCAGCCAGCCUCCACCGCCAUCAGCGGACAUCCGGCAAAAGACCAUUGCUGGGAACGUGUACAGGUGCGACUUUGUCGCGCAGGUGGUUUGGUGCAACGACAUCUUCAUGUUCAAAGAUUCAGCUACGCGAACAUUGAGGCGAGACCGCGAUGGCUUCGAAGGUGAACCGCUUGCCAGGUCACUGAUGAGUGUUGAGCUUGAGCCCUGGAAGGAGCUUCAGAUCCACGGCAAGGCAGAGCUGCGCCUGCAGAGCAUAGCGGAGAUGCGGGUGGCAACUCGCCAGCGGAUUCUGCAGCACAUCGGGAUGCAUGGCUGGAACCGGCCGGGCUGCGGGUGGAGCAACCAGAUUUUUGACUUGCAGGGGCUCUACUGCGGCCGCUACUGCUUGAAGACUUCGCACCCAGAGCUCAAGAAGGUGUUGGUCACCACAGAUGAAUGCCAGGACAAGUUCGUGGAGUGGCUCCACGCGCAGGCGCAACAUGGGCAAGAGGCCGUCCGGCCAGAUGUUUGCGAGAAGACCUUGACCAAGAUCUGCCUUGCGACGCACAUUGCGAAUAAGGUGCUGGUGCCGGCCAAGGUAGCGCCGGAGAAGGUGCAGGAGUGGCUGCGGGUGGCGGUCUUUGAGAACAAGUUCGAUUUUUUUUUCGACGCGGCGCUGGCCGAAUUUUCAUCAGAGGCAAGCGAGGGCUUUCAGAUGAGCCAGUUUGCAGGGUGGGCAGCAGACAAGUUCCCCAGCAUCAAGCAGGUGCUUGCUCAAGCCGCGGCUGGCGAUUCCACCUCUGAUGUUUGCAUGGUCGGGUCUGACGGUGCUCAGAUGUCAGAGCUACAGGAGAAACAGAAGCAGAUAGCUGUGGAGAGCUUCGCAGUUGACCUCAGCCAGGACAUGCGCAUCUACGAGCGUUUGCGAGAAGGGCAUGCAGACAAAAGGGCGCGCUGGGAAGCUGACAAGGUCUCCCACGAGAAGAAGAAGCAUAAGGUGGACUGGGCGGCAGCUACGGACUACUGCUCAAAGUUUGCCAAGAUCUGCCAGAUCAAAGCGGCUAAGGACAGGGUGCAAUCGGUGGCCCAAGACGUCCUUGCUCAGUCUGAUGCUUUCUUCCGGGAGCGGGCUGGGCAAGAAGGCGAAAGCGCCUCGGCCGUGGCCAAGCUCUUUGUCUUGGACCUCCGCUCGCUGGGGGCAGCGAAGAAGUCUUCGCUGGAUGUUGGCAUUGAGAGGCACCGCCGGGCAAAGCGGGGCGCGUCAGGGGAGGCCAAGCCUUUGACGGAGGAUGAUGAUGAGGAGGAAGAUGAAGAGGAGGAAGAGGAGGGCGGCCUGCCCAUGGUGGGGACGGCUGCUGAGGUCUGCUUGACCGCGAUGGAGAAGAGGCAAAUGCUGUGUGGGAAUGAGCGGGAGGUCAGGCGACUUCUGGAAGACUCGCUCAUGGUGCCGAAGAAGCACUGCAUGAUGGGGUUUGUUUGCCAGUGCGACAACCUGCUGCAUGGUCGCACGACGCGCGAGCUGCAGGUGGCGAUCCCGGUGAUGGAAGAUAAGCACAACUACUGGGAGAAGAGCGUCCUUUUGAAGGGUGGGCUGCAGGAUGUGCCGGCAACUCCGUACUGCAUACGUGUGUGGCCAGCCGCAGCGGCGACUGCAAGAGCGAACCAGGUGUGCGAGCGCGUCCCGCAGCAAAAAGCGAAUGAGACACAACGGGUGCAGCUUGGCGAGAGGGCUGUGGAGGCAUUGUUCGCCAGCAUCCUGGAGUCCCUGCCCCCGGAGAUCAGAUGGGUGCGGAUUUGCGUGCUUUUUGUCAGCCCAGACUGGGCCUCGGGUGCCAUGAAGGCUGUCAUCAGCCGACAUCGACGUGGGCUGCACCUUCCACGUGUCACCUUCUUCAUGGCGGACACGCGGGAGCACGCGAUUGCGGUGAGCCGCAUCUAUGCCAUUCAGACGGUGGCGAACGCGCUUCGCGAAGGCAGCUUGCAGAUCAGUGGUUUGAACAGACUGCCGGAGUCCCCUCCGGAGUGGCAGGGAAAAGAGCCAUCCAAUGAACAGGCCCAGGUCCUGCUUGAGGAGACCAGGUUGCAGCUGAAGCGGUGCACCCUUUCGGAGUGUGGCAAGCUGAUCCUGAAGCAGAUCCCGGAUGUGCUUGAGGUGGAGAAAGUCAAGGAGGAGAAGCAGAAGGCCGAGAAGUUUGCUGAGAGUUGGGGAGCAAUGAUUGCAAGCUCGGAGGAGCAGCCGCCCAGUGCCCCUGACAAUGAGUUGACUGCUGAAGCUUUUGGCCAGAAGUUUGUGACGCAAGAGCGGUGCCAGCAGCCGCGUGGACAUGCCCUUGUGUGGGCCAAGGACCGCAGUGUGGAGGGCGCCCAGCCCCAGCUUUGGUUGGAGAACCCGACUGACAAGGUGAUCAAGAUCGAGGCGGGUGCUGAGCUCUUUGGGUUCGGCUGCAUGAAGCUCGAGGGAGGCUCGCCAAGCGUGGAAGGCCAUCGCGCCCUGAAGCUCGCUUGCACGAAGAAGUGGGAGGUCACCUCUGCAGCGGCUUCAACCUGCAAGGUGGCGUUUGAGAAGCCCGGCACAUCAGGCUUCCGCUGCAAGACGUUGAUGCAGAUCUUCAAAGACCUUGGCAUCAACGUGAGCGCCACCCUGCGGCCAGACUUUCUGCUGUGGAAUCAUCGCACGGUGGUGGCAGCCGCCAGGAGUGCCAGCUUCAGCACUCUCGCCCCCAUGUGCAGCAUGGCCACUGCGCCGGAGAUGCCGCUCACGAAGGCCGGCAUGGUGCUCCUGCCGAAGCUGGCGGCUGAGAGCGUCCCGACUCCGGUCUCGUCGUUGGCUGUGGCGGGAUUUGUGGAGGUGGUGCAGGUUCUGCACGCAGAUGCUGCCGGCGUGGCGGCGGCGAUGGCAACCGAGGCACAGGUGACGAUUUCUGAGCAGAUGGCUGUCUCACUGGAUGCGGGUAUGAGAUGGGGAACAGCGGUGCACUACGCGCGCAUCUUGCAGAAACUGCCUGCCACGAACUCGGCAGUCAACACUACCGAAGCGGGCGCGUACACGGCGAAACCUGUUCGGAAGUACAUCGCGGACAGCGGCAUGCACGGAUCCUGGCAGACUGUGGAGAAUCUGAAGACAGGUGGCGACGUUACCCGUGGCUGGCGAUUACGCAAUGAUGGGGACACCUCCAGCUACUUUGCUUGCUGCAACCAGGGCAAGCGCUCGCUUGCAGUGGAUGCCACCCUCCCCAGCGGCAGAGAUCUCUGCAGGCGCCUUGCAGAGGCCUCAGAUGUGGUCCCGGCCCCAGAUUUGGCGGGCGCCAUGUCCCAGUCUUGUCACCCAGACGGCACGAACGUGGGAUGGAACUCCAAGGGGGCGGAACGGCAGGACGUGCGGCUUACCAACAUUUUGGCCGCGAAGGCAGUUGCCGACACUGUGAGGACGUCCUUGGGGCCCAAGGGCAUGGACAAAAUGAUCCAGGAGCCCAAAGGUGAGGUGUUGAUCUCCAACGACGGCGCCACCAUUUUGUCGAAGCUGAAGCUGCAGCAUCCCACCGCCAAGAUGAUGGCGGAGCUUUCGAAAGCCCAGGACAUCGAGGCGGGUGACGGCACCACCUCCGUGGUGGUCAUCGCGGGUGCACUGCUGGGUGCCGCCGAGCAACUGCUCAAAAAGGGCAUCCACCCGCAGACCAUCACAGAGGCCUUCCUGCAGGCAGCGGUGAAGGCGGAAGAGAUCCUUGAGGCGGUGGCCCAACCUGUGGACUUGGCAGAUCGGGAGCACCUGCUCCAGGCAGCCGUCACCUCUCUGAACUCCAAGGUUGUGUCCCAGGAGUCAGAGACCUUGGCGCCCAUCGCAGUGGAUGCCGUGUUGAAGGUGACAGAUCCUAAGACCGCCACCAACGUGGACCUCAACGACAUCCGCCUAGUCAAGAAGUUGGGCGCGACCACGGACGACACGGAGCUGAUUGACGGCUUGGUGUUGACCCAGCGCGUGUCUCGGUCAGCGGGUGGCCCAGCGCGAGUCCAGGACGCGAAGAUUGGGCUCAUCCAGUUCUGCCUGUCUGCCCCAAAGACAGACAUGGAGAGCAACAUCCAGGUCCGGGACUAUGCGCAGAUGGACCGGCUGCUGCGAGAGGAGCGCACACUUCUGGCCAAGAUGGUGAAGCAGAUCGCCAAGACGGGCUGCAACGUGCUCCUGGUGCAGAAGUCCAUCCUCCGUGAUGCCGUCACCGACCUGUCUCUGGACUUCUGUGCCAAGGCCAAGAUUAUGGUCGUGAAGGACAUCGAGCGAGAUGACAUCGAAUUCAUUUCCAAGAUUUUGGGUGUAGAGGCGGCAGCCACCUUGGACACCUUCAGCGCCGAGAAGCUCGCGAAGGCAGAUCUGGUGAUGGAAGAAAAGCUGGGCUCAGAGUUGGGCAGCAUCGUGCGCUUCACAGGGCUGAAAGGGUCCACGGGCGGCUGCGUGUCGGUCCUCGUCCGGGCGUCCAAUCAGAUGCUGCUGGAUGAAACAGAGAGGUCCAUCCACGACGCGCUGUGUGUGGUCCGAAGCCUCGUGAAGAAGAAGGCGCUGAUUGCGGGGGGCGCGGCGCCGGAGAUGGAGAUUACACAGAAGCUGGACUCCUGGGCCAGGAGUGUCGGCGGCAUUUUUCAGGUUUGCAUCCAGCACUACGCCGAAGCGUUGGAACUCGUGCCCUAUACGCUGGCGGAGAACGCUGGCAUGCAGCCGGUGGAGAUUGUGACCCAGUUGCGGGCCGCCCAUGCCAAGGGGGAGAAAUACGCGGGCAUCAACGUGAAGACGCGUACCGUGGAUCCGGCUCUUGCUCCGCAGAUCCCCUUCCAGCAGCCGCAGCAGCAGCAACAGACACCUGCCCCGGCUGACACUGCUGGAUCUUCCAAUGCGCCUCUGGGGUACGCAUUGGUGCAAACUGGAGCGCCAAACCCCACUGCGAUGCCUGCGCGGCCGCCAGUGGCUCAGCAGGCUAUGCCACAGCGUCAGGCACCGCCUCCUAUGGCCCCUGGCGGUGGCGGUGGUGACCCGCCUGGUCCCAUGCCUCUUGCGACGUUGCCACUGGACUACUCGAAUGGGCCGGAGUCGUAUGGCCUUGCAGCCGGUGGCGACACCGCGGCGCCCAACGACGAGGUGCUGGUCGGUCUCCCUGAGCACUUUCCACAACAUGUGUCCGGCACGCCACGCGACUGGGACGAUGCUCUUCGCAUGUCGCUGGCCACUAUGGCGCACAAUCACAUGGCCGGAAACGCCCAAGAGACGCGGCUGAUCCUGUCAGCGCUGAUGGCCAUCACGUUGAACAGGUUGGACUCCAUGUUGGCGCACGACGGCCAGUCGGUGAACUACACGGACGCAAGGCAGAGGAGGCGCCCUUCGAGUCAAGCGAAGGGAUGUGGAUUUCUGCUUCAUUGUUUGCUAUUUCCACCCGGAUUCCAAUUUGCCUUACCCUCAGCGAGUCAACGAAGGGCUGCAUCAGCGACAUGUUCGCGGAGAACGUGGUGCAGCCGCUGCUGGUUUCCACCAGCGCCAUCUCCAUGGCCACAGAGACAGUUCGUAUGA